AAUAUUGAUUGUUUCCCAAAUUGACAAGAGCUCGACAUGCGCUUUGAUCGCUAAAUCUACCAACUCUACGCUUAACUUGACGUCGUCUCUCGCCAUCCUGUUACACGAGAAAAACAACGACGGCCAUAAUCAUUAAUAUUUGUUGCCAUACGAAGUAUAGUAUUCGGUUUGUUAAGAGCGAUUCUAACUCCGAGUCAAUUCAACAAUUGACCAAACAUGCCUGGCAUUAAGAACUUCGACCCGAAGAAGGAUGUGCCGGAUCUCGCGGGCAAAGUCAUCCUCGUGACAGGAGGCACCGCCGGCGUGGGCGCCGCAACGGUGAUCGAGCUCGCGCAGCACAACCCAGCACACCUCAUCUUCACGGGGCGCAACCCCCAGUCAGCCGAGGCCACCAUCUCUAGCGCGCGCUCCUCUGCCGCCGGGGCCGGCACUAGUGCUGAGGCCGUCCCGCUCACAUUCAUCGAAUGCGACCUCGCCAACCUCGCCUCGGUCAAGGCCGCCGCCGACAAGGUCCUCGCCCUCACCGACCGCCUCGACGUGCUGGUCUGCAACGCGGGCAUCAUGGCCCGGCCCGCCGCCCUGUCGCCCGACGGCUACGAGAUCCACAUGGCCACCAACCACCUGGGCCACGCGCUCCUCACCCUCAAACUCCUCCCCCUGCUCGAGCAAACCUCAGCAGCAGCAGCAGCAUCGUCCGCCGCAGGCACCAACCCCGCCAACCCGGCGCGCAUCAUCACGGUCAGCAGCGCCGCCUGGCGCAGCGGCGCGCCCCCCGGCGGCAUCCAGUUCGACCGGCUCAAGACGCCCCAGGCGAUGGGCGUGGGCGGGCGCUGGCUGCGCUACGGCCAGAGCAAGCUGGCCAACCUGCUGUGGGCGCGCGAGCUGGCCGCGCGCCACCCGGCCGUGCUCUCCUUCAGCGUGACGCCCGGGAUCGUGGCCACGGGGGGUGUCGCGGCGUUUGGGCUGGCGGACAAGUUGUUGGUGUAUGUGGCCAAUGCUGGGCGGGUGUCGAGCGUCGACCGGGGCGCGUAUAAUCUGCUGUGGGCGGCGGCGGUGGUCUCUGGGGAUGCGGUGGAGCGCGGUGGGUUCUACGAGCCCGUUGGGGCGCCUUCCGCGCUGCAGAGCAGGGCUAGUAGGGAUCCUGCCCUGCCGGGCAGGCUGUGGGAGUGGACGGUGGAGGAGUUGGGACGGUUUUUGUGAUCACGAGGACGCCUGCGGGACGGUCCGUUGGGGACGGACGGGGCGCGGAUGGGGGCCGGAUGGGCGGCCGGGAUAGGGGACAGCGUGGCGGCGCGCCGGCAGUAGCUUCCAUUGUUUUUCGGGGGAUUCGUGCUUGCGUGCAGGAAACAGGCAUGCUGUCGACAUGUUGGUCCGAUGUUGGUCGC